CCAACCCAACCACCCACUGACCCACAGUCCCACACCGCCGGAGAAGAAGACUAGCGACGCGAGGCGAGGCUCUCGGAGGAGUACUAUCACCACCCACCGCCGGCGGGGAGGAAGCAGAUCAUGGAGGAUUUCUACGUCACCAUCCCGUAUGGCGCCGCGGUCCUCGUCGGGGGCGUCGCCGGCUACCUCAAGCGCGGGAGCAAGGCAUCGCUGGCCGCGGGCGGCGGGUUCGGCGGCGCGCUCCUCCUCGCCGGCGCGCUGAGCGCCAGGGCCUUCGCGCGCGGCCACCCCAGCGGCUCCCUCUUCGCCGCCGUCCUCCAGACUGUUUGUGCUGUAGCAUUAACUGUCGUUAUGGGAAUAAGAUACAUCAAAACAAGAAAGGUAAUGCCAGCUGGAAUAAUUGCUGCCGUCAGUGCACUUGUACUGAUAUUCUACAUCUACAAGAUAUCAAAUGGUGGCAAUAAGGUUUAUGUCCCAGUGAGCGCGGAGUGAUACUGGAGGCCAGGGUAUUAUGGUGCAUUCUCUGGAUAAUUCUGAAUCGAUCGAUCUGUUCUUCUAAUUUGUUGCAUACCUGUAUUCUGCCAUCCCAGUGAUGAGAACAUCGUUCUGCAUAAUGUGAAUUAUGAAUGACCCAUGAAAAAUCUCGGCAGUUCAGACACUGGUUCAGCUAAGAUACCAAAUUCUUCUGCGAUUGUGACAUAUGUUCCGCUUGUAUCGUGUGAAAACUAUAUUGUCAUUGUACUGCACAUCUUAUAAUGCGGCCUUGAUACAGUGAUUGCUUAUUAGUCA